GUUCUGCCUCGUUUUGACAUCCUGUUAUAGAGGUUGUAAACACAAAGUAUUUAUUGCAGGACAGGUGUUAGGUGGCCUUCCUCUGAGACAGAGAUGCAGAUAACAUCGAGUCAGUAGACCGUCAUGGCAGACUCAGGAGCCACAAUGUCCACCCCCUCUGUAGGAAAUGGCCCUGAUGAGGUGAAACCCAAUCCAGGCUCAGGUGUGAUUGUGGACCAGCCUGACAAUAUUGAGUAUGAACAGUCCCUCCAGAUUGUCCUGGGGACAGUGUGUGGGGUGGUGGGACUUCUAGGACUAAUCAUCAUCAUCUCUCUAUUGUACAAACUGUAUAAACGCCGCAACUCACCACGGCGCUCACCAGAUCACCCUGAAGAGGAAUUGAGUAGCUCUAUUUCUAUAGACCUGGACCAGAAGCAGAUUCCCACGAUACUGCUGCUGUAUGCCUAUGACUGUGUGGCCCACGAGAAGGUUGUGUCGGCCCUGGCAGGCUUCCUCAUUGACACCUGUAAUUGUAACGUACACCUGGACAUAUUCGAGGACCAGAUUAUCCACGAGCGGGGACUAGAUGAUUGGCUGGUAGAUAGGCUCCAGGAAGCCGAUUUCAUCAUAGUGUUAUGUUCUGUGGGAGCUAGACUGAGGUGCACAAAGAAACGUGUCCGGUUUAAGUGUGAUCCGUACCGCACCAUACCCGAUUAUUUUGCAGUGGCUGUUGACUAUGUGGCAGAGAAAAUGAGAGUGGAGAGAAUGAAAGGUCUGCCCAUGUCCCGCUUCAUUGUAGCCUACAUGGAUUAUUCUUACAGUAGUGACAUACCCCAUCAGAUUGAAAUGGGGACAAAGUUUCACUUGAUGAAUGAUAUCACCAAACUUUUCUGUCAUGUUCAUGGUAUGAAUAGCACAGACAAUAGCAAGUUUGGAACCUUGCACCCAUCCAUGAUUGAUGAGUAUUAUGAAAGCUCAGAAAAUGGGCUUGAGCUUCAGGUUGCUAUUGAAUCUGCCAAAGAGUUCUUUAAGUGCAAUCCUAAUUGGGUGGAGGACAGUAUGGAAGUUCUACCUCCACCCAGUACCAAGUCAAAAUCGCGUCCGGUGAGGAAGAGGUCCCUGGAGCCCUUAUUGGGGGAGCCUCCAGCUGACCCCCGAGUGGUGGAUACUAAAGUCGACGUUCACAGACAAAACUUCUCCUCCCCUCAGCCGAGUGAACAAGAUCAAAUUUUCUCUUCACCUAAAACAUUGUCCAGGCAAUCAGAUUCAUUCAAAAUGAAGAAUCGCUAUUCUGCAGACAUUGAGACAAUUCCCUGUAUCUUAUGUGGGCAGGUGGGCCAUUACAGUGAUAACUGCACCUGUAAAGGGAGGGAACAGAGAAAAAAUGCACAUGAUAACUUAAAUGACGAGGAGGACGGUGAAUUUUUUUCUGCUCGAGUCAAGAGUCGAUCAAUGCCCACAAUGUGUAGUACAAGUCUUCAUAGCUCCCAAACAGUAUUUCAGGUGGAUGUCCACAAGGAAUGGACAAUGAAUGAGGGUCAGAUGUCAGAUGAAGGCGAAUCUCAGGAAUAUGAGUCCAGUCGUGACCUUGAUGACCUUGAGCGCGACCUUCAGUCCAUUAUUUCACCUAUGUCAACACAAGCUAAGACCAUGUCCUUGCCAAUUAAUGGAAUGUAUGGACAACAAAUGCAAGUGCUUCCUGAAGUGUCCAAAUUUCCAGUCACUCAGCAAAGCAGUUCCUCUUCAAGCAUGGGGUCUCUCCAGGAGCUGUGUUUAUGAGCCAACAGGAAGAUAUUCUGGCAGGAACCAAUUAAAGCCUUAGAAUAGUUAUGACGUCUGAUUCAACAUCAAGGGCUAUUGCACCAUAUAAAGAAUAUGGCAUGCAUAGUGCUAUAUUUUUCAUGAUAAGGAUGAUUCUAUUUAUGUUACUUAAGAUAUAAUGAUGAGAGACAUUUUUGAUGUACACUGUAGAAUUGUUGUAUGACCUCACACUCUCUUCAGAUUUGCCCUCAUCCAUUAAUUUGCCCCCCUUCCCGUCUACUGAUUAUCCCAUUAUUCAAUUAUUUGCCUAAAAUAUGAUGCACAUAUUUUAUUCUAAUUUAUAACUAUGUAAUUUUCUAAUAUUUCAAUUGCAUACAUAAUUACUACUUAAUGAACAUUGCACAAGUUCAUUGCUUGUUUAAGUUAAGUUGUACAUGUAGAGCCAGUCUUUGGCAAUGGAGUAGAGUGGUUUGAAAUUUAUAUCAAAUAAUACUCCAAAUUUGCAAGCAGGAAAGACAUUUGUUAGAGUGGCUGAUAUGUCUGCAGUGUACAUCAUGCAAUAAGUUAUUAUUUAUGAGUUAAGAAGCAAAUUUAUCAAAGAAACAGUGCUUGUAUGUGUUGGGUUUUUUUUUAACAGUAAGCUUUUUUUAUAUAAAAAUAAAGGAAUUCUGAAUGUGUAAGAUUUAGAUAAUUUGCUUUUGAAGACUAUAAAUGGAAGCUUGUGCAAUAUACUGUUUUCUCUAUUGGUACAUGUACAAUGUAUUUGUGUUCAUAUACAUUUUUGUAUGAUUAUUUUUAAAAAGGCUGUGAACAAGAGUUGAUCCUCUUCAGUUAUGAUCUUGAUGUUCUUUUCCAUUGGUUGUUCAUUCCUUGACACUUCAUUUUUUGCUUUGGUAUUAAAUUUACCAUUUAGAGUAAAGGAAAUGGUAUUCUGUCUAUUAAUAAAGCUUUUUGAAGGUGCUUGUCAAAUAAUGACUGUCAUAAAAUCUGUUCAUAGCUCUCGAUUGUCAUAAAAUCAUCAUGUGGUCUAUUUUAUCCCCUUUGAAAAACUUAAUUUAUCUUAAUGAAUGUCUCAUGUGAUUAACCUAUAGAUAUGUUCCCAUAUGUAAGGUGCUAACCUAAUGCCUACUUCCUGUAUUGAUCUCGGAUAGGCUGGAGGGGGGUGUUCCCCUGUGCUAGUCAGAUAGGCAGAUAGCACUCAAGUCCUGAUUCUGUGUCUGUAUAUUCGUCUGUAUUUCAGGUACUAGGACUUACCUAAUUUAAUACAAAAUUUAGAAAUUUAACAUGCAUUGUGUAUUUUCAAAUAAAUUGAGGAAAUCUAAAAUAUUAUAUCCAAAGAAAAAAAAAAUGAGAAAAUCAAACUUGAUCAAGUGUGUGAUGUAUGUCCUCUGUAAAUCCAAGAAUCAGAUUUGUAGUGAAUGAAAUACCCUAUCAGAUGUACAUGUAUUACAGAUGUGUGUUUAGAUAGUUAACUAAAUGCUACUUGAUAAGAAUGCAAUCAGUGUCAACAUAUCAUAAAUCUCUUACUCAUUGCACUUUCCUUAUUUGUCAUUUAUUUAUUGCAUUACAUCAACAGUUGUUUCCUCUCUAUAUACAUUAGGUUAAUGAUAUUAUUGUAUUAAUUAUGAGUGUGUGUUUGAUUCAGUGUGGAAAUUAUUGAUCUUCGUCAUGUACAAUGCAAACAAAUAAGUAUUUAAUAAAUGACAAAAAUGAGGAA